AAUACUCGCAUUCCCAGUGGUAUACAGCUUGAAGCCGGCUGUCAUGAUGGAGAAAGUUCAACAUUCAUCACAUAGUUAUUUUGUGCAGAUUCGAAUGACCUUAAUUCUUAUUGCCAUCGUCUCUUUCCCUUUCAACCUCAUUGGGAUCUUUACCGAAAAUGCCCAAGCUGAGUCGAUCAACCAGAUAGUAGCUCUUAGCAGUUCUGGCCUGUCAGCUAUUGUAUGGCUCUAUUGGUACCGGGGAAAUGCGGCGUUAUCUAAGGCUACAGCUGGUGCGAUAAUUAACGAUCUUUUCUUCGCAAUCUACCUCGCGGUAGUAUACCUCACAAUGAUUAUCAUUUCUGAGGGUGUGAGAGAGCACGUGAUUUUUGUAUAUGGCAAUCUAGCCUGUCUUGUCUCUAGUCUGUUCCAUGCACUUGCGGUCUUAAUGGCUGCUACGUACAGAUACAAGGCGUACUUGGCCCGUGUUUCUCAGCCCAAGAAUAUCACAUUAUGUCCUCGCUGCUCCUGCAUGUUGAAUCAUUUUGCCACCGAUGGGGAGCAGGAAGUGGGUGUGGCCGUGCUUCCAAUGGCUUCAGGACUCAUCGAUAUUGAAAGUGAACCUCUUAUGGGUAGCGAUAGUGCUACAUCUGCAAGGUUUCCUUUCUUUCGGACUUCUGAGGAGACUGCUGUCAGCCUAGGGAGUGUCCUUACCAUGGAGACUUUCGAUGGGCCUUCUAGAGCAGUCGAGAAAUAGUGAGCCAGCAUUUAUUGUAAUGCUAAGUGUCUGAAACUAUAGACCAGACUCACUACCACUGGGGUCACACAGGCUUGUCAGCAUGUAGACAUUCAUGAGAUUUCUUGUCUUUCUUCGAUUGCUCGGCAGCUGGGUGGGAGAAUUAGUGUCAUUACCCUCUCACUGCAGGUUGCCUUUGUGCUUUUACCCGACAACUGGGCCUGUGACAUAUAUCGGUGAAACUGCUAAUGGGUGUCUUUCAGAGCAGGACCUGUUUAGGAUGGCGCAGGAAAGUCCUGGGUUGCGAGGAAGGAUAAACUGUAGUAUUUGGCUCCAUGAAGGAUUAAAACGGGGCUUUGUUGUUAGGCGCACCUUAUUAUUAUUAUUAUUAUUAUUCCUCGGGCUGUGCGCGGCCUUAGGCCGCAUGUAGCCUUCUGAGCUAGCCUAUCAUGACAUAAUCAGCUAUGUACACGUGACCUUUAUUCCUCUGAUGGUGAUUCAGUUGUCUUUG